AUGCCUCCAACGUUACAAUCUUCCGCUCUUGCCUUGGGCCUCCUACCGGAGUUGCUUGCUGCACGCUCCAUUGGAAAUACUUUCUCCCGUCGCGGUGUCGACUGCAGUUUCAGUACUACUCCCAGUACGGGCGACACUUGUGAAACCUUUGCCGACAGCUGGGGCAUCGCUGUUGACGACCUCAAGUCUCUCAACCCUGAUCUGGAUUGCUCCAAAUUCGAUGAUGAAACUGAGUACUGUGUCUCUGGUGAGGCAAAUGAUGACGAACCUACCAAGACCAUUACCACUUCUAUGGUUGCUGAGACCACAACCGCUGUGAUGACCUCCAGCUCGACCAAGUCUACUGAAGCUCACUCCACAACCUCUUCGGCCAGGUACCACGAGCCCACUCAGCCUGGGCUGUCUGAGAACUGCGACAAAUUCCACAAGGUCGUAGGUGGGGACAGCUGUGAUGCCAUUGAGGCUUCAGCCGGCAUCAGCCUUCACAAUUCUCCAAAUGGAACCCCUACAUCAAUGACAUGCUCCAACAUCUGGUUGGACUACUACGUCUGCAUCCACGUCCCCGGUGCAACCACAACCUCUGCUGCUCCUACACCCACUGACGGCGGCAAGCCCCCCACCCAGUCCGGCAUCGCAGCGAACUGCGACAACUUCCACAAGGUUAGCUCUGGGGAUCAGUGCGAUUCUAUCGAGGCCGAGUUCAAGAUCACCCACGAUCAAUUCAUCAAAUGGAACCCUUCUAUCAACCCCGGCUGCACCGACUUGCAACUGGACUACAAUGUCUGUGUCCACGUUCCCGGCGCGGUCAAUACCCAUGGCCCCACGCCGCAGAUGCCCAACCUGACCUCGGACUGCAAGAAGUACCACAAGGUGACUGAUGGUGAGAGUUGCCCUGAGAUACAGAAGGAGGCUGGCGGUAUUACUCUCGCUCAGUUCCGAAAGUAG